GUUAUAUUCGUGUGCGCAGGAGGUCGGUGGGUGUCUCACGGCAACCAGUGUUUCUUUAAUCGCUAAAAUACGCGAGUCGAUUUAGGAUUCACGUCGCUUGUGAUCGAUAAACUAAGUUUUUUGGGUAAUAAUCGUUCAAAUGAGUUACGGUAGGCCUCCGCCCGACGUUGAGGGCAUGACUUCGUUAAAAGUGGAUAAUUUAACGUAUCGCACGUCGCCCGAGACGCUGAGGCGCGUCUUUGAAAAGUACGGCCGAGUCGGGGACGUUUACAUCCCCCGAGACCGAUACACUAAAGAAAGCAGAGGAUUCGCCUUCGUGCGUUUUCACGACAAGAGGGACGCGGAAGAUGCGAUGGACGCCAUGGAUGGAGCGAUUUUGGACGGACGAGAGCUCCGCGUCCAGAUGGCCCGCUACGGUAGGCCUCCCGACUCCUACUAUGGCGGGCGUCGCGGCGGGGGGCCCGCGAGAAGACACAGUGGACACGGCCGCCGCAGUCGAAGCCCAAGACGUCGCAGACGCAGCCGUUCCAGAAGCAGGAGCCGCUCUCGUUCCCGCAGCCGCUCCCGAUACAGCAGAUCGCGGUCACGCUCUUAUUCCCGAUCUCGCUCCAAGUCACACACCCCCCGUAAGAGGAAGUCCAAGUCACCAUCCAGGUCUAGGUCCCGUUCAAGGUCCAAAUCCAGGUCUCGUUCCAGAAGCCGCACACCUGCAUCAAACAGAGAGUCCAAGUCCAGGUCCAGAUCUAAAAGCCAACCAAAGUCUGCUGGCGAGGAAGGACCCACAUCUUCCUAAGAGCUUGCAGUGGUAAGAAAACACCACACCUUCAAAAUCUGUGAUGUAUUAUAAGAUCAUCCUAUACUCUAUGAAAAGAUUUUUGUGUCAGAAAUGAAUUUUUCAUAUCCUAGCUUUUCCACACAAUGGAUGCAUCUGUAUAGCUCACUUUGGAAAGUGAGCUGCUGCUCACAACACAAUUAUUUUGUUGUUUAAUAGCUUUGAUAUAUAAAUAUCACGACAGAGCAGGUUUAUGGUUCUGCUUUGACAUGCUAUGAAUGGUGUUCAACUCAAUGUGGAAUUGUUUCCUCCAAGCUGCUGAAUCCGGUAUGGAAAUGUAAAGGCAGGGGUGUGAGGUGAAGGUUUGGCUGUUAGAGGUGUGUGUGAUCCAGCCACCUGCUCCUGUUGGGGUUGCUUUGGAGCAGAUGGGUGUUUUGGUGGUGCUGAGGUACGUCUAUGAGACAAUGGGCAGACAGCAUCCUACCUUCGAAAAAUUACAAGCAUAAACAAUUGCUUCCUUUGACCUGAAAAACGAAUGUGUAGGUGAGGUCUUUUGGAGAACGUUUCCAAAUAACAUUUAACACUUAGACGGCUAGGGAUGGGCGAUAUGUCUGAAAUAAUGUAACAUUUACAUGUAUCUCACAAUCUAGAUAUGUUUGCUGGAUAUUAAAAAAUAGUUUUCACUAACCACGUGACAAUGCACAUUUAUAUUACUCUAAUAAUUUAAAUACUUAAGAUUUCAUGAAAACCUUUUCAUUUGUUUAGUGGCAUUGUUCAGCAUUACUUUGCCUAACCAGUUCUUUGUCUUGAUAUGGAACAUGCCCCCCUGUUUUUAACGCUUUGUUUGUUGAUAUAUAACAAAAUGUAACAGUGUGUUACGAAGUAAAAAUGUUCAGAUCUCUUACAUAAUAAGGAAAAAACAGUAAAAGAAAUGUAUAGAUAGAAAGAUAUAUACACACGUGGAUAUAUAUAAAAAAACAACAUUAAAAGUAACUCUAACAUUAACAAGCUGAUCUGUAAUACAUCUGUGGUAUAAUCGGGAUUAAAUAUUCACCAGGUGACACAUUUCUACUUUAACAUUGUAUGUAGCAUCAUAGCGCCCAACCCUUGCCAGUACUGUCAAUAUUUCACCAUCAAAUCCAAAAAAGGCUUAUUUAUAAACUUAAUGGGAUCCCAUUGGAAAUGCAUCAGGCCUCAUUCAUGAAACAUGAGCAGAGCGGAUUUGUACCCCCAUCUGCACACCAAUUGUUGUAUUCAUCACAAAUUUGUUUUGCUUGUCUAACAUGAAUAUGGCCCAAUGUGGAUCAGCUGAUUUAUUGAAAUGGAUCUUUAUAUUUACGGGUAACUGUCCAUGUCAUCUUGCUCUCCAGAGAUUGUGUACCCCAUCUUCCACUCGCAAAUUUUCUGCCCGUUUGACCACUGUUUUGUUUUCUUAGGUUUGUCUCAUCAUGGGACAAUUCCAAAUACGUGACCUUGGUUGGAGCCUGAGAAACAUCGGAUGGGAAAUCUCCAAAUCUACACAAUGCCUACUGGGGCCUAAAGGUCAUUAUGACUGAUUGGCAUAUUGGAACUGUUUAAUAAUUAUACAGCCCUUUUGAUCUGUACAUGCAUUGUCCUUAUUUGUUCAGUGAGGAUGUUUUAAAUGUGUAUGUCCUUUUUAAUUCAUUGAGUAGGACGAACAUCACAAUUCUAUUGGCCUUUAAGGUAAACCCAGUGGUUUUGAAGGUGCAAGACGCACCUCAUUUGUGUAAUCUUUCGCAAGGCACUGUUAAGUUCGUUUAGCUUUGCUUUUUUGUUGUUGUUGUUGGGUUAAAUUUCUGCUUUAAUCUUAAAAUGUUUAAGAUGAUUACUCUGCUUAAUUGAAAUGGCUUGAAAUGAAUCUCUUUUUUUUCCCUCAGAUUCAAAUAUAUUACAGCUUUGAUGUAAUGUGUACCACUUCUUGUAUAUUAGUUUAGUUUUACUCGACUUUGUGUGUGUGUGACAUUUGGAUUCUAACCCAGUGUCUUGUGUAUUUUUUGUGCACUAGGCGCAGUUGUCUAGCUGUUGAGUAUUGCUGGUUAGCUGUUAAGAUCCGGUGUUGCAGUGCUUGGCUGUUUCCGGUUUUCUCCUGAUUGCAGCUGUUGCAGGUGUGGCCGAGGUCAAACAGUAUCUGCUAAUAAAUAUUUGGUGGUAAAAAUGAUAUCGUCCAUCAAGGUUCUUUUAUUCUCAAUCAACAAUUUGGAAAAUUGGAGUAUCACUUGCUGGUAAAACCAGGAAAUCACACCGUUGUUUGUCCUGACUUUAUUUCUGAAUCUUCAAUAAAUCGAUUACGUUA